AUGCACUACGUUAAUUUCCUCAAGGACCAUGCAAAAAUAGUGCUUUGUCCGCUUAUGCGUGCCGUUACCUACAUUGAUGCUGGCCGUGACUUCAAAACAUAUCGCUUUAAACUGCUGCGCAAAAACGGCAUGAUUCCCAUUGUCGAGAAGAGGUUGCGCUAUGCCCUAAAAAUGAUCGAUUUCUUCAUCAAGCCACAAGCCACUGUUGUUGCAGCAUCCACUGCCACGGCAUCUGGUUCCUCGGCAAACACAGGAAUGACUCCUAUAGCUUAUGCCCCCGACUGUAGGUUUCAACAGGUGCCUCCCGCAACCGGGAACCAAGCAAGAGAGAAUUUUCCGCCCGAGAAGCACCCGGCGACUUCUGCAGCCUCGCACCCUACUUCAGCUGUUUCCGUGCCCCAGCCCCGUUGA